UGUUAUUUUCAUUACACGCGCUUAGCACAUCUGUCAAUCGGUUGCAACUUUCGUUCCGUUGGCAAAUUUCACCUUGGUCCGUUUCGGUUCAGCUUUUCAUAGGAAUAGUAACAGAAACUUUUGUCGUACCAGCUGAAAUGAAGUGUCACUAUGAAGUGCUCGGAAUUACGCGCACGGCAGAGGCAGACGAGAUCAAGAAAUCUUAUCGGAAGCUUGCGCUUCGCUGGCAUCCUGACAAGAACCUCGACAACGCAGAGGAGGCAAACCAACAAUUUCUUCUUGUGCAGGCGGCGUACGAUGUGCUUUCUGAUCCACAAGAAAGAGCUUGGUACGACAACCAUCGUGAGCAGAUUCUACGAGGCGGUCACACAGACUAUGAAGAUAGUUCCUUGGAUGUGUUCCAGUACUUCACCACGUCUUGCUACAAGGGCUACGGAGACGAGCCGGGAGGGUUCUAUGCGGUGUAUGCCGACAUAUUCGACAAGCUAGCCACCGAAGAGGUGGAAUUCCUCGACACUGAGGAAGAGUUCGAAACGAUACCAAAGUUUGGUAACUCGCAAUCCGAUUAUGAAACGAUCGUCCGUACAUUCUACGGUUACUGGGAAGGAUUUUGCACCAAGAAAAGCUACGCUUGGCUAAAUCCUCACAACGUGGCCGAGAUUCGCGAUCGCAGAAUCCUGAAAGCAAUCGAGAAAGAUAAUAAAAAGGUACAGCAAAAGGCGCGCAAAGAGCGGAAUGAGGAAAUUCGCAGUCUGGUGAUGUUUGUGAAGAAGCGUGACAAGCGUGUGCAUGCCUACAAGAAGCUGCUAGAGGAAAGGGCAACACAGAAUCGUUUGAAAUCGGAACAAAACAGGCUAGAGCAGAUACGUCGCAAUCAGCAGGAAAUCGAAGAACAGCAGCGCAACUCAACUAGCUUUUUCACUGAUGCGUACGAGGAACAGUUGAGAAAAUUGGAAGCUUCUUAUGCCGAAGCGUCAGAGGAAGAGUCGGACGAGGAGGGCGAGGAAACGAACGGCUUGGAAGAUGCGAUGGCCGGACUGAACGUGAGCCAGAACGAAAACGGUGAAGAAAGCUUCUACGUGGACGACUUGUACUGUGUUGCCUGCGACAAGAUGUUUAGCAAUCGUAGCUCGUACGAAAAUCACGAAUCUUCGAAAAAACACAAGCAGAACGUAGAGCUGUUGCGAAAGGAGAUGCGUAAAGAGAUGGAGGAUCAAGAAGAUAAAGAAGCAGUUUCAAAGGAACUGGAAGACGGCAACUUGUCGAAUGAGGAGCUAGAACAAGAGCAUGAAACCCGCUGCGAGGAGCAACAAGAAUCCGAUGAGAAAGCGUCGGAACAACUUCCAACAAAAACGAAGCAAAAGAAAAACAAGGGCAAAAAGAAAGCACUCAGUACUACAAUACCUGUGAUAAAAUCGUCUGACGACGAAGAAAACGAAACUACUACAGAUGGCGUUGAUAUGAUCGGUUUGCGAUUAGCGGGUCGAUCUUCAAACGCUGUCGCCAGUGAUGAUGAUGACGAUUGGACCGGCGGUGGUAAAAAAUCAAACCGAAAAGGAAAAGCGAAGGGCAAGGGUUCUGAAUCGAAUCAAAAAAACAAACAAUCUAAAAAUGCGAAAAAUGAAGUGCCGCAGGUGGAACAAGUUGCUGAACCUUCCGCGACGAAAGCUACCCAAGAGUCGAAACAGCCCAUCUCCGACGAUGAGAACGCUGGUCAGCCAACGGACAACGCAUGUGUAACGUGCAAGGAAAAGUUUAGCUCAAAAAAUAAGCUAUUUGAACAUCUCAAAAAAACCGGCCACAGUGUCUACAUUGACAAGCUGAAGGCCGCCAAAACGAAUGCAAAGAAUGCCGAGGGAUCGAAGGGUAAGCGAAAAGGAAAGUAAAGCGAAACAGUAAUCGUGUGUAUUAUGAAACUGAACCAAUAGAACCAGAUCGUUUAUAAAAG